CAAAAAAUGCCUACUUUUUUCAAUUUCAUGGCUAAGAAAAGCUCGAAAGAUCCCAUUGACGACCCACCCACUGCUUCAUCUUCCUCUUCGUCUUCCUCAGAGGAUACUUCAACCCAAACCCCACAAUCCCAGAAAAACUCUACUCUCAAUGUCAAGCCAGUCGCCACAAAACCCAUGGAAGGAACCUCAAAGGCCAAAAAACCCAGAUCCAAACCCUCAUCGUCUCCCGUUAAGCCUGCCUCAAUGAAACGACCCAGCGUGUCCGAGCAAGAACAAACGAAGGAAUUGAAGCGGUCCAGGAAGAAAGCCGGCGAAGAAGGGUCCGGUUCUGUCGAUGCUGUUGAGGAAGAGGAGGAGAAUAAGACCGGAGAAGACGAAAAGAAGCAGCUUUUCCAACGACUGUUCAGCGACGACGACGAAAUCGCCGUGCUGAAAGGUCUGUUAGAUUUCCUGGCCACAAAAGGGGUUGACCCUUUUGCUGAUACGAACGCCUUCCAUGAUUUUGUCAAGGGGUCGAUCCAUGCCGAUGUUUCGAAAGCUCAGUUGAUGUAUAAGGUGAGGAGGUUGAGGAAGAAGUUAGAGAACAAUGCUAGGAGGAGUAAGGACGGUGAGGAUCGGACGUUUUCUAAGCCCCAUGAACAGAAAAGCUUUGAAUUGUCCAAAAGGAUAUGGGGUAAAGAAGGGAUCAUUAGAAAAAUCGAUACUUCAGCUGCAAAACCAAAGGGGAACGGCAAGGCAUUGGAUGCAUUGAAAGCAGAGCCGGUUGCUUCAGCUGACGAGAAAGUGGAUGAUGGGGAGCCAAUGGAGGUCGAUAUCAAGUGGCCCAAGAGUUCCGGUAGCUUGUUUGACAAGAAAUCCGGUGUCGGUAGCUUGGAAGAUGAAGUUUUGAAGCAAGGAUUGGAUAUGGUUGGGGAAGAAAAGAGAGCAUCUUUGAAGGAGAAAUGGAGGAGAUUGCAGAUUGCUGAGUUGGAGCUGUUUUUGGAGAGGAAUGAGUUGGUAAUGGAACAGGCCAAAUGGAUGCUGGAAUUUUAUAAGUCUCAAGAAGCAUAGUUGCAGCGCCUUUUCGGUUCAUUGUCCUGCAUUUAUCACUAUUGUGGGCAAAUGGUCGCAAUCGUGGUCACAGCGGGUAUCGUGAUUGUACAAUAACGGUUUUGGAUGCCGAUAGAGAGCUGCUAUUUUAAUCACUGAUAGGUUGUGGUCAUUUGGUGUAGGAUAUGAUUUGUGUUCAUUGCUCAACAAG